CACACCGCCUAGUCUACCCCACUUUGCACCCAUUCUCAAUAUCAUACCCCCACCUCCUUCUUGGCUCAACCUGCUCAUACAUAUAUCACCAUGGGUCUCGCAGGAGAGAAGCGCAAGCAGCGCUUAGUUGGCAGUGCAGUCACACGCAACUCCUCGUGGCUCGCAGAUACCUCCCUGCCAGGCCAACGUCUCCUCUCCCAGAUGGGUUGGUCCGAAGGCCAGGGCAUCGGUGGCUCGGGACAGGGCCGCACUGAGACGAUCAAGACGAUGUACAAGAUGGACAACAAGGGAAUUGGCUCUCAGAGAGCUGAAAAGGAGAUGAGGGACAGCGGGAAGGCGGGGGUAGGAGGGGCAGACAAGUGGAUUGGAGGAGGUGGGGAGCUAGGAGGCCUCUUUGAGCGCCUGAACGCUGCUAGCACUAGCUCCAGCGGCGUCUCUACACCUAUCGUCGAGGAGAUGGCAGAGACCGAAACCAUCACCAGCAAAGACAGCAAGAAGGACAAGAAGAGGAAACGUAAAGCACAAGAGCCUUCGUCUGACUCGUCUUCAAGUGAGAGCGAAGAGGAGCCCAAGCCUAGGAAGUCAAAGGGCAAAUCAAAGGAGGACAGCAAGAAGAAGUCCAAGAAGGCCGAUGGAGAUGAUGUAAAGAAGAGCAAGAAGGAAAGGAAGUCGAAGAAGGGUUCGGCUGAGAAAGCUGCUGCUGAGGAAGCAGUGGCUGUGGAGAAGGCUGUGCAGACAAUACGAAAUGCAUCUCGAGCCAAGUUUUUACGAGCAAAGCGGCAGCUUCACGGAGACGCCGUCAGCAUGAAUGAGAUCCUGGGUAUUGCCUCUGGGUCCAACUCACCUGCGCCUGCUCUCACACCUGCAGUGGAGGCGCAAUCAGAUAGUCCCUUGCCGGCAGCAGUAGCUCCUGAGGAAGUACUUCCGCUUGCCGCUGCUUUGAUCGAAGGAGAGUCGGACAAGGAGCGCCGUAAGCGGGAGAAGAGAGAAAAGAAGGAGAAGAAGGAGCGGAAGGCUAGCAAGGCACAGGCCAAGGAGGCCAAGCAGGCAGGAGCGACUUCAUCGACGGAGGAUUCGGCUGCUCCCAAGGUCGAGCCAGUGGAAAAGAAGGAACUGGUGAUGAAUACGGUCUCUCCGCUGUCUGUGCACGAGUACCUAUCUCGCAAGCUGAUGCUGCGAAAGGCACAAAUGGCUCGCAAACGCAAGACGGAUCAGGAAGCCGUAUGGGGUCGUCUGAGCGCCGGUAGUGGUGUAGGAAUCAUGGUCGAGUAGUUUGCAGAGCAAUCGCAAUCUGAAU